CCCCCGAUGGUGGACGGCAGUCGAUAGGAUGACCGUAACGUUGAACGAAGAAAAACCCGGUGUGUUUGAUCGUCGGCACGACGAGGAGGGACGUAUGGUCCCCACCGAGCAAUUGACGUGUCCGAGGAAGUGAUGGAAGGAUGGCACAAUGUGCUUGAAUGUCCCAUAAGCGAGAGCGGGUUCUAUAUUAAACUGGUCCGGUUACGGGUCGUUCGGUUCCCUAUCGUUCAGUCACUGGAUUGUCCACGGACGGCUGGAUCGGAUCGAUUGCUCCGGGAUAACGCGAUCGAUCAUCGUCUACUCGUUUCUCGAUCGCUAAACAAUUGGUUGCUUGUCGCGCGAUCACGGACGAUGCGCCGACCAAGCGGAUCGCGACCAUCAUCUCCUUGAGACCGGAACCCGCUAGCCUCCCAUCGACGGACCAACAACCAACCGGGACUGAAUGCUACAUCGGACGUCGACCAAGGAGAACCGGGACUCGACGUACUCCACGCGAUCGGCUACCUGGAUCGGAAGUGGCUCACCAAGUGCGCGCGCGAGUUGUAGACCGAUUUUUGCUGGCUUGAAACGCGACUUGUUCGAGGGAGUUCAAGGUAGCUUUCGAUGAUGUUGAAGACCACACUGUUGCUGUUCCUUCACUUGUUCUGCGAUAUCGCAUUGGCAGCUCAAUGCGGGAAAGUAUGGCUGACAGUCUCCUCAUUGUGGAGACCGAUCGCUGCAAGCGACAAGGUGAUCGACGCUGAGCUCGAAGUAAAUUGGGAUCUCGAGUGUCCGUCGAGUACAGGAUACCCAGAUACCAUCAAGGUGUUCACUGCUGACCCAGCACAUAACAAAACGAUCAAACCCAGGUUGACACUAACAUCGUUGCAAUAUCCACGUGGAUAUUAUCGAACAAACAUCACCGUUGGUCGACCAACGCUUCCAGGAGGAUGGGACAACAAAGAUGGCGCCACACUUCCUGGUCCUCAUUGCUUGAAACACCACGCUGCUCUUUACAUGGACGGUGCUCUUCUCGUCAGCUCGUGCUUACAGAUUUGGCCAACAUGGAUGUACGAUUUGAGGAGACAGCUAGGACCGCUUCCAAUAGGAAGCUUAAUGAUUCCGGGAACUCAUAACUCAGGAUGUUACAAACACGGUGAUCUAACGAGAAGGGAUGCAUUUCAAAAGUAUUUGCUUACCCAGGAUCGCGAUGUAUGGACACAAUUAGUUCACGGAAUUAGGUAUUUGGAUCUUAGGGUAGGUUAUUAUCCUUCGAUCCCGAACGGCACCGCCAUUGGAGAGAACAUAAGCAGAUUUUGGAUCAAUCAUGAUAUCAUUCGGAUUACCCCUCUGUCAGCGAUCAUCAAAGACGUGAGAAACUUUCUGAAUGUCGCUAGGGGAGAGGUGGUCAUCAUGGACUUUCAUAGAUUCCCUGUGGGAUUCGAGAGUAGACCCAGCAGUCAUCGGCGACUGGCCAUGAUCCUCUUACGAGAAUUCGAAGAUCUGAUACUGAAACCUGAUAGAGGAGUCGAAGGUUUGGGUCCAACUUUGAAUGAUAUUUGGACUGGAGGAAAACGUUUGAUAAUAUGCUAUGGCGAUAAGCACACCGUAAACGAGUACGAUUGGCUGUGGCCAACGAUGUCUCAAGCGUGGGGUAAUCAGCAAACGGUGGAGGGUCUUUUCAAGUAUCUGGACGAGGUUAUCAUGGGUCCAAAAAAGACCCGGAACAGUCAGAACCCAUUAUGGGCGGUGAUGGCGGAAUUAACACCCUACCCGUUGGACAUAAUCUUCAAUUUAUCCGGUAGCCUGCGGCAAAUGGCAGAUUGUGUAAACAGAAACCUCACGUAUAAGUUCCAGGAGGAAUGGUGGAAAGGAACGAAUAUCGUCGCCACGGAUUUUUUCCUCGGGAAUAAUUUGAUCGACGUGUCCUUACGCGCGAACAUCAAGAAGAGCAAUAUCGCUCAAUGGCGCUCGUAACGCGACGUAUAAAUUCGUCAAUACUCCGUGAUCGGUUUUAAUUUUUGAUUAGAUGCUUCGUUGACGCGAGAAGAACUGAACUCUAUCGAAUGCUUGUAAAUCGUUCGACUCUGACUGCGAGUAAAAUGAUGAUUUUAACGAACGUGUAAUUCAUUUGUUGUAUUUAACUCUUGAAAUAGCUCUCUGCUUAGCUGUUUCGAUCUUUAUUUUGCGGAAGCUUUUAUUCGAGUGCAAAGGUGGAGAAUUAUUUAUUGAAGGGAAAUUUAGAGACGCAGGAAAAAUUAUUUAGAGAAAAUUAUAAAUUACAAUCUUGAUAUGGAAUGUUAAGAUUUUUAGGAAAUUACAGAUGCGAGAUUAUGUAAAUUAAAAGUGAUUGUGAGUGAAGAUAUCAAUACAUGUACCCGUGAGAAAUAUAUUUUUAUUCCCUAUUCCCUUGAUUUUAUUGCUUCAGAUAUAUUGGUAAGUCCAUGAAUUUGAAACUGAAUGUCUAUUUACACUGUAAUAAUACCU